CCAAACAGUGGAACCUUGUCUGUUUUGUUAGAAAAUUUCGAUUAUGAAUCAACUGAAGAAAGCAACAAUAAAUGUGAGUAUAUAAUUAACAAAGAACCAAUUGAAAAAAACAAUAAUAUGAACCCUAAAGUUAUUAGGAACGCUAGGAGAAGACCAACCUAUUCUCCAACGGCCAGAAAAAUAAAUAUCCAAUCAGAUGAUGAUGAAGAAGAUGAAGAUGAAAAAUUAUCUACAGAUGAUUCAGAUGAAAAUAUUUCAGCUAAAGAUAUAAAAGAUGAAAAAAUCCAACAAUAUAGAAAAACGCUUACCAAAAUUGUUAAAAUAAAAACAGCCAUUUUUCAUGAAACUGUUAAAGUUACAUGCUCAAAAGAUGGAAAAAUGCUUGAAUGGUAUAAAGGGAAAAAUGAUUCAGAUGGGAAAAAAAAACCAAUAGGCUCAUUUCCAUUAAAUAAAAUAACUUCCAUAAGAACUAAAGUUGAUAACCUCAAAUCUUUAGAAAUAUCUGUAAGUAGUGUACAUAUAAGUACAUACUUAUUUACUUUUAAAACUAGAGAAGAAAGGGAAAGCUGGCAAAACAAUUUAGAAUCCUUUAGAAAAAUUAUGAGUAUGAAGUGA